GUAAACAUAACCAUGAACCCAGCGAAUGUCAGCUUCCUAUAUGACGUAUGGGUGAAUGGUUGGGUAACUGAGAGACUGUUACUGGUCAUGCCUAAGUCACACCGUGUAUGGGUACUCAACAGCAGUCACACCGGCUACACGACCAGGAUGAGAUACACCGGUGAGGACUCACUAUCACAGACCGGACAGCUGAGGUUUACCAUCUACAAUGUUACUGUACAGGACGCUGGUACUUACUACUGUCAAGGAAGCAUAGGACACAAUGUUACUGGAUGUAGACAGGUCCUCGUUGUACCUCAGAAGCCAACCAGACCUAACAUCACCGGACCUGCCUCACCUGUAUCAGGUGAGAAUGUCACCCUGACAUGCUGCUCCUCAUCCCGGAGUCUACCCCCGGACCAUCCCCAGCUAACCAUGACCUACAUCUGGAGGAGGGACAGGACCCGGGUAGAAUCUGGUGAUGAGUCUCCUACAGGUGGAGAUGACCUGACAAUAACCCACAUCAGCAGAGAGAACCAUGGAGACAUCUACAGCUGCCAGGCCGUGGAGGAGGGCCUGAAGUCUAACUGGAGUCACGGACAUGUACUGGAUGUUCUCUAUGGACCUGACCAGAUACAGUUUGACGGCACAAGUGACAAGCUGGAGGUAGAAGAAGGGAAACCUGCAACAGUGAGAUGUUCUGCUGACUGUAAUCCUGCCUGUACUGUAACCUGGUGGGACAUCUCCAGACAGACGGUGAUUACAGGACAGGGGGAGGCUGUGUUGUCUAUACCAGCUGUAGAGGUAUCUGUGUCUGGACUGUACACGUGUCACGUCAACAACAGCCAUGGGAGUGCAUCACGGAACCUGACGCUGGAGGUCUUCUCACGUCGAGUUACUGUACCUGGUGUCGUUUCCAUCGUCCCCUUGGCUGCUGUCUGUUCCAUCCUGAUCGUGGUCAUCGCCGUUGUCGUCAUCGUUGUUGUUUGUAGAAAACAGAGACGUGGAGGAAGUCGACACAUUCAUAAUCUUUUAAUACUCAUUUUUAUCAUCUUGGUUUCGUAUCACAGGGAAGACGAAAACGACGGGAGCUACCAGGAAAUAGAAGAAGGUGAUGACAACGUCGACGACAUCGUCCCCAUCGUAGCUGUCUACUCCGUUAUGCUCACUGCCGUGGCAGUUGUGGUGGCAGCAGUUACUGUUCUUGUCUGCAAGGACGUAAAAGAAAACCAGGACAGAAGAUGUGGUGAAUAUCUUACUGUGAUGGCAGACAGAUUGUCCCGUGACUUGAGUGAUGUACCUAGUGCUUCCAACAACGACGGGGAUGUCUUACCCCUACAUGAUUACGAGCGACUCCUGAGGGAACAGUUCCACAUCUACACGUCUCUCCACCCUUCAACUUUGUAGCUGAGGACCACAGCACCAGGUGAAGCCAAAACUGACGUUACAGUUCCUCAUCUACGUCUCUCCACUCUUCAUCGUCCUCCAUCGAGGACCACAGCACCAGGUGAAGCCAAAACUGACGUUACAGUUCCACAUCUACACGUCUCUCCACCCUUCAACUUUCUAGCUGAGGACCACAGUACCAGGUGAAGCCUAUACUGACGAUACUGUUCCUCAUCUACACGUCUCUACACCCUUCAUUGUCCCCCACAGAAGUCUACUCUGACGGUACAGUUCCUCAUCUACACGACUCUCUACCCUUCAUCGUCCCCCACAGAGGACC